AUGUUUAGGACCCGAGUGGCAGUAUUCUGGCAUUUUAUUGGAAAGCACCUGACUCCACACGUUGGCCUGCGCAGGGAGCUUUACUGGUCGCACAAUGCUGUCGCGAUCCGGCGGAAGACCGGUUCCACUCUAGUUCCUGUACUAACAGCCGCUCCGACUCGAGGCCUGGUGGACGAGCAAAUCGGCAUCAAGGCGGAUUUUCUGCCACCUCGCCAUCCGGUGACAUUGUGCGCCCAAAUGCGCAGCGAGGACGGUGACCUGUGGGAGGCUUUUGGCCACUAUAACACAAGUGCGGAUGGCACUGUCGACUUGACUAGGGAUCAUUCCGUGGGUGGUUCGUAUUUGGGAUGUGAACCGAUGGGUCUCUUCUGGGCCAUGCAGCCUGCUCCUGGAGAAAGGGAAGGUUUAAGGUUGCGGAUGAGGAAUGUCAAGAUUCCACUCAUAGUAAACAUUUCCUUGUCGGAGGGCCACGUGUCACCUAGAGAGCCAGAGAGCGGCCGACUGGCCGUCGCCACCGCCGAACGUUGGUUCACGGCUCCGGGCGUACAAAGAAUAGACGUUCGCCAAAACGGAGUUGUGGGAACGCUUUUUUUACCGCCGGGCCCCGGCAGCUUUCCGGCCGUGCUGGACUUGUGGGGCAUGGGCGGAGGACUAGUGGAGUACCGCUCAUCCAUGCUGGCGUCCAGAGGCUUUGCCAGUUUCUCCGUGGCCUACAUGGAACACAAGGAUUUGACGGUCCAACUAGAUAUUAGCGGUGCAGAUGCAUAUAUGAAGAAAGCAUUUCAUAUACUUCAGGAUCAUCCUCAGAUCUGCGGCGAUCGAAUCGGUAUCAUCGGUCUCUCCUACGGCGUCUACCUAGGCCUCCGAAUGGCAACCUCCCCUGAUCUGAAUCCGUCCUGCCUGGUUUGUAUAAACGGCCCCGCGGGUAGCAACAAGGAGCUCUCGCAAGUAUUUUGCAAGCCUAAAACAUCUGAAAGCGACCAGAGAUAUUGGCCACGGGAUGAGGCAGGCUAUCUGAGUUUUAGGGACAUGUCAUUACCGGCCAACUACUCCCCUGGCACCCAAGUGAAGAUCGAGAACCUGGCUUGUCCGACGAUGUACAUAUUGGGUGAAGAUGAUCAGAAUUCUCCGAGUACUGAGAAUUCAAACUUGAUCGAAGAUGUCCUGAAAGCGGCCGGUAAAUCUCACCUGUAUACACGUUUGUCAUAUCCCGGCGCCGGCCACCUGAUCGAAGUACCUUACACGCCGCACGCCAGACUUUCUGUGUGGAGAAUCAAACCGGAAAAAAUCUUGUCUCUGUGGGGAGGUGAAACGGCGCCCCACGCUGCUGCGCAGGAAGAUUCUUGGAAGAAAAUGCUCCACUUUUUGGACACCAAUCUGAGGGCGUGA